AAAGGCAUGGGAGUGGCAUCUUCGUUCCCCCACAUCUGUGCAAGGACCUGCUCAGUGAGCUGUCUGCAAGAAGGAACUGCUUCAAGAACACCAGCACCAUGCCUGGAAUUGUUUGCACCAACCUGCUUGUUGCACCUGGCCAGCGUUUCUCUGUCAAAGGUGAUAUUCCAUCAGGAGCUAAAAGUUUUGUAGUUAAUCUGGGCAAAAGCAAAGAUGACCUAAUGUUGCAUUUCAACGCACGUUUUGACGCUCAUGGGGACAUAAAGACCAUCGUCUGCAAUUCCAAGAGCAAAGGACAGUGGGGCAAAGAACACAGGGAGAGCAACUUUCCUUUCCAAGAGGGCAGCACUACCGAGGUGUUCUUCACUCACGAUAAAAAUGAGUUGACUGUUACACUUCCUGGCAACCAUCAGUUCAAAGUCCCAAACAGUGCCGCUUUAGAGGGCAUUGAAUAUGCCUGUGUGGAAGGUGAUAUUGAUUUCAAAGGCAUCUCGCUUGUUUAAGUGCUCCAUUUCCUUGUUUCCACUUCCUCUCCGGUUUAAUAUGGCAGCAAAAUAAAUGCAGCAUAAUUCUGGUGAUA